AUGACAGAGGAAGGAGCUAGCAGAGAUAAGAAGAGGAAGAGACAGAGAAAACCUAAACCUCCCAAAGAAGAAAUCGCUAAACCUCCUAAAGAAGAACCUAAGCAGACUCCGAAGAAUCAAAACAAUGACAAAAAGCGUCAAAGAGAUACCAAAAGCAAUCAAAAUGGAGGACCUUCAGCUUCAUCGAAACGACCUAAACCUUCCAAUUUUCUCGAUAUGCUUCGAGAGAGAUUAUCCGGUGGACACUUCAGGAUGCUCAACGAGAAACUCUACACUUGCUCUGGGAAAGAAGCAUUAGACUAUUUCAAAGAAGAUCCAAACUUGUUUGAUAUGUAUCACACAGGUUAUCAGCAGCAAAUGUCAAAUUGGCCUGAGCUUCCUGUUAACUCCAUGAUAAAUUGGUUAGCUUCUCGAAGCUCUUCACUAGUUGUAGCUGAUUUUGGCUGUGGUGAUGCAAGGAUUGCAAAGAGUGUGAAGAACAAAGUUUUCUCCUUUGAUCUUGUUGCAAAGAACCCCUCUGUGAUUGCUUGCGAUAUGUCAAAUACUUCACUUGAAUCUUCAUCAGUCGAUGUUGCUGUAUUCUGUCUUUCAUUAAUGGGAACAAACUAUUCAAGUUACAUCAGAGAGGCAUAUAGAGUUCUUCGUCCAAGCGGUUAUCUUCUUAUAGCGGAAGUAAAAAGCAGGUUUGAUCCAAACAAUGGAGGAGCAGACCCAAAAGACUUUGUGAAAGCUGUUUGUGAACUUGGAUUUAAGUCAGAGUUAAAGGACUUUUCGAAUAAGAUGUUCAUCUUGUUGCAUUUCAAGAAAAAGGAGAAGUUGAAUUCAGACAAGAAGAAAAUCGCGUGGCCAGAGUUGAAAGCAUGUUUAUAUAAACGUCGAUGA